AUGUUCAACGUCUGCUUCAUUGUCAAACUCACAGGGAUAAACGAGAUCCGCGUCAGUCACAUCAUCCAACGAGACACCAGCCAGAACGCCAACACUUACACCAAUCGCACAGCUGGAGCCUCCUUGGCUAUUUUGAUGGCUGCUAUGGCUCGACUGGGGCCUGUAGAUGACAAUCAUUCGAUGAAGGCCACAUUUGCGCGGGUAAACGUGGGGGCUAAUGAACAAGACCAGGCUGCUUCAUCUGCCGCCUAUCGCCGACCUCCUCCUGCACUGCUAGACGGUCAAGUUGGAAGUUCUGACCCUGUUUUAAGUACAGAGAGUGUGGUAGGCCUGGGUGAUCGCGACACGAUUCGUAUAUUCGACGAAGAUUUAGGGCUUGUUCCACCCACCAGUCAUUUCAAGGCACUUUCAGCUUUACGCCCCGCCAACGACAUUCCCCUUACUCUGCCCCCAGACUUCCGUCUGAAACAAGUCCUCACAAAACCCUACGCGCAUCACACCCCACCCCUGACCAGCACCGCCAGCUCUGUCAGCCACAUCCAAACGCUUCAAUUCGGCACAUUCAUCGGAACAGGAGCUCUAUGGGACGUCUACGAGCUCCCUGACGCUCCCGGCCAUGUCGCCAAGUUCUGCAGUCCCUAUGGCACCUUGUUCCAUCGCGGAUACGAGCAUCUCGACGUCGGGGAUAUCGUCAAAGAGCGCGAAACGGACACUCUGCACUCCCAGAUUCUUGCCCCGUCCGGACAUGCCCCAGUGACCCUUGGCCUCUGGAGAGGGUUUUGGGUGGAUCCGGCGCAUGUCACAUACGAUAAAGGUGGAGAGGCGAAGGGUUGGUUGAUGUAUGUGUCGAUCCAGGAGGAUAUGAGGCAAGAUGGAGAGUGGGAGUCUGUGGAUGACUAG